GCAACCAAGCUCCAAUCAACAUGUACACAGUCCCAUUGCAACUCACGGUCUUCGGGAUUCUGCUGAGUCUCAGAUAUGGAGAAACGCAACCCAUUUCGGCUGGAGGAAACAUUGAUUUCCUGGACUUCCAACUUGUUAAUGGAAGCGCCCCCAACGAGGGACGAGUCCUUGUUCGUUGGUCGCGCGAUUCGCCAUGGACUGCUCUAUGUUACGACCAGUAUUUGGACGAAACUGUCAACUUUCAGAUCUGCAGGGGACUUGGUUUCCCGUUUGCUUGCAGUCACAGUCGAUCAGGACCACUGCGCACUGAUGACGCGUCCCUAGGGAACAUAGAAAGUUCGGCGUUUUUGGUUAGUUGUUAUGCCAAUGAUAUGGACUUCCGUGUAGGGGGGUGUGGACUGGAACCAUUGCCCUUGUCUCCACCGCUAGUCGGACCGCUUUGCACGCACGAAGAUGACAUGUGGCUUACAUGUGGAUAUGCAGGAAUGCCAGACUUCGAACUUCGUCUCGUCGACAGCUCAUCAGGUACCGCCGAUGAUAACAAGCUACUUCAGGGUCGAUGUGGCGCAAAACACGAAUGGGGAGCCAUUUGUAACAACUUUUUCCUCAGCCUAAAAGAAGGAGCCGUGGCCUGCAGGGAGCUUGGAUUCUCUGACUUUGCCAUAGGACAAGGGAGUGUUGGCUUGAGGGAGGUGAACAGUCAAUACAGUACAAACUACACGCUGUUUGAAGACAUGGGUUGCCGAGGGAAUGAGACGAGCCUUACGGAAUGCGAACAUUACUCGCUCCAAGGGUGCCGUGGUUACAUCACUCUGUCUUGUUUUAAUGAAACAAAGGAGUACGAUGAUGUUGCGUAUCUGUGUGGUUCUAAGCAGUUAUGCAACGAGCAGUGUGGCGGUAGAUGCAACCAUUUGGGCACUGCUGUUUUCCACUAUUGCCAGUGUGAUGAUCUCUGUGUACUGUUUGACGACUGCUGCUAUGACCACUCCCAGAGCUGUGACCCGGGGGUGCCACUCCUAGCACAAGCAGAGUUCACAGCGGACAAUUUCAAAUGCGUUUGGCUACCAGGGAGUGAGUUUACAAACAUAGGGUACGUAAUUGUCAGCCAAUGUCCGGCUGGUUGGACUGACGAGGGCACCCGCGACUUGUGUGAGGGACCAGUGGAUAGUGCUGACGUCAUCAGGUCGCUACCAGUAUACGACGAGCAGAACGUGGAUUUCAAGAAUAUAUAUUGUGCAUUGUGCAAUGGGAGAUCUUUUGAUAGGUUGCAGAGGUGGGAUGUGUCCGCAACUGACAGUGUGAACUUCUCAUCCGGAGGGCAGUAUUACCCAGGCCUCAAUCAGUCCCUACCGACAAAGGGAUGGCUAGUUACGCCGCCUAGUGGCCACUUGGUUGUAAGAGAGUGUUCAGCACACCUCGUGGAUACUUGCCUUUCUGAAUUCCGCGGAAGCGAGAUCGAGAAAGCCUGUUCAGCUUAUUAUGCACCUAUAAGAGUUGACAACACUGAAACUAGAUACCGGAAUCCGCACUGUGCAAUGUGUCACGGACAAACUGUCGAGCCACAGAACUCUUGCUUGGAACAAGUUUGCCCAGUAACCUGCGAACCAAGUCCUUUUGGACCAUGUAGCAGUGUUUGCAGUCCGUACGACGAUUUCUUGACGAUUGAGACUUUGUUCUCACUGACAGCCAACUCAUUGGAUGGUUCCCAAUGCUCCGACGGUCAGAUCUUUGACCCCUUCUUGUUGAAGUGUCGCGUUCUUACUUGUGCCACUGGGUAUCACAUUCGUGGUGACACGUGUGUAGCAGUGCCUUCAGUUUCACCGUUUCCUGAAAACACAAAUACAUCUGUGGCGAUGUGCCUGUCGGAUCUUUGGUCAGAAAACAACGACACUGGAAAGGAUGUGUUCGCGACUGCUCAAAUUUAUUCACAGAUUGACCCAAACACGUCUGUAUCAUAUAUGUUUGUUUUGGUGAAGUCAGCUCAAGAAGCUCUCCAAUUCGAAAAGGCUUUCGAAAUUGUUGUGAAAGCUCCACAGAACAACACAGCAACCCUCGGUUCACAAUUACUUUGUAACAUUCACCAGCUUUUCAUCGUAUUGCCGUUUACUUUCAACGAAUCAAGUGUCUGCAAUAACAACACACUUGAGAUACUACCAGACUACGGAAAUGAAAGCCUACUAAUUGUAACACAAUUUCUGAAUGCAUCCACUGAGGCAAAGUAUACGAAAACAAAGGUAUCAUCAACUUGUCUUCAAAUCGGAGAGCUGAAUUGUUCAUCUCUUCUAGUCCUGCCGGAUGCUGAAUACCAAGUAACAAAAGAUGCAGGUAUACAUGUAGUCGCAACUGAUCAAAGUAUCUCCACAUCCGAAUAUGUUCUCCUUGAAGAUGGUAAAGCUGUUGUUUGUUCAUACAUAGCACCAGCUGAGGAAGGAUUGGAACCACGGAUUAGACGAGCCAUUUCUUUUGUUGGAAGCUGCCUGUCUCUCUUUGCUUUGUUCGCUACGUUUGUGACAUACUGCGUUUUUUCGGAACUCCGGAAUAUGGCGGGAAAGUGUACAAUGAAUCUUGCUGCUGCGUUAUUCACCGCCAUUCUGUUGUUUCUGCUCGCCGGUGUCCUUAACCAGGAUCACGGUGCCUGCGUAUUUGGAGCAGUCGUAGCGCACUUCGCCUGGCUAGCAGCUUUCUGUUGGAUGACGGUGCUCUCGUUCAACGUAGCUCGCACGAUAAGCUCAAUGGUACCGCGACGUGGUAAGAACAUCGGACUAGACUGGGCGUUUAUCCUUUACAUGAGCCUCGCUUGGGGUUUACCUUUCAUCAUCAUCAUCAUUUGCCUGAUCCUGCACUUCUGCAACUGUGCAAGUGCGGACUUGAUCUACGCCCACGAUGAUAUUUGCUGGAUCACUGAUACCACGGCUCGCGUCGUCGCCUUUGUGGUACCGGUUUCGGCGAGUCUGUUCAUAUCCACAUGUCUGUUCAUCUUCACUAUAGUAUAUCUUCGCAGAACAAGGCAAUCAACUCGAGCAGCUCGAAGGCAAGGAACUGUCGACGCAGCCCGUGAGGAACUUUCCAUCUAUGCAAAGCUUUGCUGCAUCGUUGGCCUCACAUGGCUCUUUGGUUUCUUGAGUCAAUCUUUAACGGGUAUCAUCCCCUUCUCCUACAUCUACCUCAUCCUCAACUAUCUCCAAGGAGUCUUCAUCUUCUUUGCCUUCUGUUUCAACCAGAAAGUCCGGGGUCUCUGGGCAGAGAAACUCAGUGUGCAACGAUUUGCUGAAAGCAAAGCAGUGCCGUCCCGACUGAGAAAAAGCUUAAUGAAGAAAUCAACGGAGAACACUGCGCUUGCAUCAAGUACUGUUGUUAGUUCUAAUACUGUUGAUAGUAUGCUUUGAAUUAGUCUGGUCCCCUGCUUUUCCUCCGCGAAAGGAUAGGCCGUAUAUGAAUUGUCUUCUUACAGCUACAGCUACGGCUGUUGCUAAGGGUGUUGCCAAGGGUGUCCUAUACCUCAACGCAUGAUGGAGCGUUGUAGCCAUUUAGCUGUAGCCGCUUUUUUGGAUACGACCAUAAAUACAUAAACUGGUGUAUAAAACACCAACCAGCGGGUACGGUAAGAUUCAUUUGAUGGGAAUAUGGAGGUAGGAGUUCAUUUGAUGAAAAUAACAAAUACACGUGGACUACCAGACCAUCGAGGUUAUCACAAUGUAA